GUUCUCCUCAGCCUUGACAGCCAGCAUGCCGUGGACACCGCCCAACCCUCCUCGUGACUUUGUCUACAAGACUGCGUCUGGGGUGCCAAUCCGCCUCUCGCUCUACCUACCUUCUUCGGCACACCCAAAGCCAGCAGCUGGAUUUCCCGUCAUCAUAUGGUUCCACCCCGGUUCAUGGGUCGACGGGUCCCGAGGUGACAUCUCCCGUGUGCAGGUCGCGACCGCACUCGAUGCAGGGUGGGCGUUCGUCAGUGCAGACUAUAGGCUAGCACCACAGGUUAGGGUGCCGGAUCAGCUGGAAGACGCGAAGGAUGCGAUUGCAUGGGUGAGAGCGAGGAAUCUGGAGGGCGUGGAUGCGUUGAAAUUAGUCGUCGCAGGGAGCAGUGCUGGCGGCCUUAUUGCACUCCUCGCUGCACAUCAGCUCGCAAAACCCCCACUGGCUAUGUACGCCGUCUAUCCGGGGUGUGACCUCACCCUGCCCGGCAUGUCCCAGAAAGUACAAUUCCCCGCACCGAUCGCUUGGGAGGAUGUGAAAGGUUACCUAGACCCGUCCGGGCCGGUGAUCUCCAAUUCCCCGGGCGAUGUGGACUUCGCAACCUUCACCCCUCGUGGCCGUACACGCGCAGCAUUCUACCUCUCCCAGGAAGGGAACGCGGUCGAGUAUAUCCUCCCUCCUGGGGAAGAGCCAGCGCCCUACGAUGCGAAGAAACAGCUCAAACCAUGGAGUAGGAUUGUGAUUAUCCACGGGACGAGUGAUAAGAUGGUCCCGUAUGAGGUGUCUACCCAGCUGGUGAAUGCGCUGAAGGAAGGAGGGAACGAGCAUCUGUUGAUCACUACGGAGGGAGAUCAUGGGUUUGAUUUGGGGGUUGACCCAGAGGAUGCGGAGGGACGGAAGCCGUUUGAGCAGGCGGUGGAAUGGCUCGGGAAGUUUCUUUGAGAAGAAAGUAAGAGCUAGAUUGUAGCGAUGUGCUCGUAUAC